GCCUGGUUCAUCACAAGAACUUUCAUUUCGCAAAUGAUAUCCUCUCAGAUGAGCUGUCAAUGUGGCAUGUGUUUUAUACGGACGAUUACAAAGGCAGCAAUAGUAUCGUCCAUCAGGUGGGACUUCCUGUGGAGAAGGUGUAUUAGGAGCUUGUGAUUCUUGAGAAUUCAGAUAAUAAUAUGUUUUUCCAUUUUCGGAAACGAUUGGAGGUGGUGGCGAAGGAUCACCGGUCUCAAGUGCUUCGCUCAUUUCUUUUCUGAAAUUAUUGGAAAAUUAUUUUGAUCUCCUUACGUUCAGAAGGAGGAGCAAGUAAAGAUAUUUGCGCAGGUCACGGAAUACCGUGAUAAUGAUUUUCGAUUAAAACUUUAAAAAAGAGAGAGAGAGAGAGAGAGAGAGAGAGAGAGAGAGACAUUCGAUGGAAUUAUUCUAAAAAGCUCGACCAUUAGUACUGCAUUGAUUUACAAAGAAGGCAAAAACAAUGACGCUUUUUGCGAAAACUGGAAUAGGAGCGCCGCAUGCGCAUGUUCUUAUUUAACUAUUUUUAAACGGCAUUAUAAGCUUUGCUCUUAUAGGAUUCUACGCCUCAUCCCGCUACGAAGCCUGGCAAAUCAGAUAUUUUCUAGUCUACGUGUUGGUUAAAUGUCUGAUAGUUUAUUAAGUUCAUUAAAAAAGUUUAGUUAAUUUACAUACAAAAUAAAUAGUUAUAACGUAA